AUGGCCGGUAAGCAAGGGGUAAAACCACCAAAGCAAAAAAGCAUCUCAGCUGGGAAGCAGAGACCAGGCAAGAAACAGGGAGGAAUGAGCUGGAUCACGUUGGUCGCAAUCAGCGCUGUAAUUGCUGUGUUAUCAUACUUCACUUAUACAGAGAUCAUCAAUCCUCAGCGAUAUCUGCGGAAGCUACAGCCGCCAGUCGGUGGCCUUAGUAUUGACCGUAAGAAAUGGGGUUCAUAUCGAUCGCAUACGUAUUUUGGCUUGCGGACGAGAGAUCCACGUUCGCCUCUUUUCGGGGUCAUGUGGUAUGAGCAACCAGAAGUUAUGCAGAUGCCACGUCUCAGGCAUUGGUGCGACCAAGGAGAUGACCUGAAGAAUUAUGGCUGGUACGCUGCUGAUGGCCGUACUUUUGGUCGCGAGAAUGUAACUGAACGCACUAGUCAGCUAAGUUUUGACUGGAUCAAUGAUGCCGAGGCAUGGACUGCUCGUAUGCGUAUCGAACCAAAAACUAAAUACACCGUAAUACUUUAUAUGGUAGCACAGGUAAGACUUUUUGAACAAAAUACUCAUGUUCGCACGCGGUGA